AUGAUUUCUCCUCUGUCUGCUGCUGAUCUAGACGCCAACCCGGCCUUUGCAAAGACAUGGCAGUAUAUCACGACGGAGAUUCUAGAGCGCGACGCCUCGAGCAAGAAGACCAAUGAGGCGAGGAGGAGAUACGAGGGCCUCAAUCCACUUGUGAUCAGUAGAGCAGACGGCAAUGAGGAGGACUCGAAAGAGGAUGGCCUCGAAGAGAGUCUGGACGACGCAGAGGAAAAUACAAAAAAGAAGAAAGAUCUCGAAGAACAAUUGCAUGCCUUCCGAGUCAAGAGGUUCAAGAUGGAUAUUCUUUGUGAAGUCCUGGCGGAUCUCCCAUAUCACUUCGAAGUUCAAGGGCGAAGUCAAAGUCAAGAUGAUAAUCGGGGCCCAGAGCAGAGUAUGCCCGCGGAGGAGAUGGAGAGGGAUAGCUCUACGCACGCCGACGCCGAUUUCAAGACCCAGCAACAACAUCAUCAGUCGCUGCCAGCAUUAAGGGAUCUCUUGCUUCUCAUUCCAGCAUAUCUCGACGCCACAAGAACAAGGACGCUGGACAAAAUCGAGAAUUUCCCUCCUGAACCACUAGUAUCUGGCCAUUCGCUCAGCCUCGGCGUUGAAGAACAAAGUUUACUUUCCCACGACAUCGAACAAUUCAAAACGAAUAUCCCAACCAUCGCUGCCUUGAUGUCUUCGCGGUUCAUUGAACUUGAGAAAUCCUUGUGUGCUAUUGCUCGCGUUGCCAUCGAGGACGGAGACGAAGACGUUCACAAGCACCUACAACCACAACCACAAUCGUUGACCGCAAUCCUAACGCCUCAAAUAUCCUGCCUCUCCAACCUCCGCGACACAGUCCUCCCAUCCCAUCUCACGCAACUCACAAACACAGUCCAAACGCUCCUCACCCUUCAACGCGUCCUGCUCCGUGUUCAAAUCCAGCAUCUCGAAGCGCACAAACACGGUGCCAUCUCCCGCUUGAAUCUCGCGAGGGCAACAUUCCUCUCUACAGUUGCGAGCACGAUGGAUUUGAAGGUCAGAGUCAUGUUGCUUGAAGCAAGAAGGGAUCUUGAGAGUAGUGCUGAAGCGCAAGAGAGGAGAGCGUGGAUUAAGAGGAAAACGAAGACAUUAGAGGGAGAGGAAGAAAAGUUAGAUGGGAGGAAAGCUGAGUUGGAAGUGGUCCUUGGGGAAUACGAGACGACGGAUCCGACGCCGGAACUGGGAAUGAGUGUGAUGAGGAAGUUAGGCACCAAAUACAGGGAAGUGGAAGGUGAGAUGGAGGCGGUCAAGGGGGAUAUUAGACGGCUAGAGGCUCGAAUAUAG